GAAAAGGAGAAAAGAAGUUUAAAACUUGUACGGAAAGAUAAACGUCGAGAUGAAAUUCGGGAAAGAAUUCAAGAAGCAAAUGGUGCCUGAGUGGACAGAAGCCUAUAUGGACUAUAAUGGCCUCAAAAGGAUACUAAGAGAGGCCAGGCGUUGCAAGCAGAGUAAGCAUCCUGCAACACAAAACAGAGCAUUACGGCAGAAGCAGAUAUGGGAAAGAACCUUCAGUGGGCAAAACCUACAAUCUAGCAAUGUUCCAAGUAAGGGGGAUAUCGAGGACCAAGUCAUUGAUGUUGACACGUUGCGGCGCGAUGGUUCCAGAAAGGUUUACACGACCAAGUUCCUUAGGCAGUCUGAGGAAGGAGGAGAGGUUGAGGUAGUGUUUUUCAGAAAACUUGAUGAAGAGCUCAACAAGGUCAACACUUUUUACGAGGACAAGGUGGAGGCACUGUUGCAUGAAGCUACCCUUUUGAAUAAACAAAUGGAUGCUCUCAUUGCAUUGCGGAUAAAGGUGCAAAAUCCUCAUCUCAAUGGCUCUAAUCUAAAGAGACGUAAUCUUUCCAAUGUCUCUUUGAAGCUGCUCCCAACAAGAGACACCUGCAGCGGAGACAGGAGUCCAGGAAGGGAGCAUAUAGAUUCGACACCUGAAGUAGAUACAAAUGAUAAUCAUCAACAAGUGAAUUCAGUUAACACCACCAGUUGUAGUAGUGAUGAAGAUCCCCUAGAAAUUCUUGAGCGUGUGAAGAUUAACAAUACUCUAGAAUCUCCGAUUUCUACCAUAAAAGGUGUUUUCAAGGUUUCCAAAGAAAAGGAAUUGAGUUUUAAUAAACCAGAGCUGAGAAAAGUUGAAGAACGACUGAGACAUGUGUUUAUUGAAUUCUACCACAAGCUUCGUCUUCUAAAGCACUACAGUUUUAUGAAUCUUUCAGCAUUUUCCAAGAUCAUGAAAAAGUAUGAAAAGAUCACGUCAAGGAAAGCAGCCAGAUCAUACAUGAAGAUAGUGGAUAACUCUUAUCUUGGCAAUUCUGACGAGGUUACUCGUCUUCUGGAGAGGGUGGAGGCUAGCUUCAUCAAGAACUUUUCAAACUCAAAUCGUAGAGAAGGCAUGAAGUCAUUGAGGCCAAAAGCAAAAAGAGAAAAGCACCGUGUAACAUUUUUCUCAGGUUUCUUUUCGGGUUGCUCAAUUGCUCUACUGGUAGCUAUUGUUUUAAGAAUAGAAGCUCAUAAACUUAUGGAUAAGGAGGAGGGAACCCAGUACAUGGAAAAUAUUUUCCCAUUAUACACUUUAUUUGCAUAUAUUGUUCUACAUAUGCUCGUGUAUGGGGGAAACAUAUACUUUUGGAGGCGUUAUCGGGUCAACUAUCCAUUUAUAUUUGGUUUCAAGCGAGGAACUGAGUUGGGCUAUCGAGAAGUUAUCCUCCUCAGCACUGGUCUUACAGUACUUGCAUCAGCUGGUUUCCUUGCAAACUUGCACCUGGACAUGGACUCAAAUACUCAAGAAUACAAGACAGUCACUGAACUGGUUCCUCUGGGCUUAGUUACUUUUCUGUUUGUCAUCACCUUCUGCCCUUUCAACAUCAUAUUCCGUUCAAGUCGUAUCUUCUUCAUUAACUGUAUCUUCCGCUGUAUUUGUGCCCCUCUCUACCAGGUUACUCUACCAGAUUUUUUCUUGGCAGACCAGCUUACUAGCCAGGUCCAGGCUUUUAGGAUUUUUGAGUUAUACAUUUGCUACUAUGGAUCGGGAGAAUACUCAAGGAGGCAAAAGUGCCGUAGUCAUGGUGUCUAUAAUACCUUCUAUUUCAUUGUUGCUGUUAUACCAUUUUGGCUGCGCUUCCUACAGUGCAUUCGUCGAUUUUGUGAAGACAAAGAUGCAAUGCACGUGUUCAAUGCUGUAAAGUACUGCUCGACCAUUGUUGCAGUUCUUAUUAGAACAGCUUUUGAACUAAAGAAGGGAAUGAACUGGUUGGUGUUAGCACUAGUCAGCUCUUGUAUUGCAGUAGCGUUAAAUACAUACUGGGAUAUUGUUGUGGACUGGGGGCUUCUGCGAAGGCAAUCAAAGAACAAAUAUUUGAGAGAUAAACUUCUAGUUUCACACAAGAGUGUCUACUUUGCAGCUAUGGUCUUGAAUAUAGUACUGCGACUUGGUUGGAUGCAAUUGGUGUUAGGAUUCAGAUUGCAAUCCCUCCAUAAAAUGACCAUAACAACACUCUUUUCCUGCCUAGAAAUUAUUCGCCGUGGCAUUUGGAGCUUCUUCAGGUUGGAAAACGAGCACCUAAACAAUGUUGGCAAGUACCGCGCAUUCAAGUCGGUCCCGCUUCCUUUCAGUUACUAUGAGGCUGAUGAUGAUGAUGAUGAUGAUGAUGAUGAUGAUGAUGAUGAAGAAGAAGAAGAAGAAGAAGAAGACAAGGAUGAUGUCCACCAAGGCCAUGAUGCUUUUGCCCUUGCUUUGAGGAUGAUCCCAAGUCUUGAAAAAACUUUAUGAAGUCUUUGGUAUCUCUAUAUAUGCAUAGAAAAGCUUCUGUUAUGGGCAAAGGCCCAACAUUUAUGCUGGUGAACAUGGAGCAACAAUUCCUAAAGCCAGUAGGAUCUUUGGAUUUCAUUAGCCUCAGGUUCAUGUCAUGCCUUGUGCAUUUAAAAUCUCAUCCCCAAAAAAAUACAUUAUUUGAAGUAAUAGUAAUUGAUUUUAAAUGCCGUAGUAAAUUUUUUCUC